GUUUAAUUUAAUUUUCAAUUAAUUAGGUUAAUUAGUGAAACCUAAAACGACGUCGCUGUGAAGGCUCUCGUCUUCUCCACUUUUUUUUGGGUGAAAAACUCUCUCGCUCUCGGCGGUCUCUGUGUCUUUGCUUGAGCAAAGCUUUAGCGCUCAAGUAAUAGAGAAAGAUUAUGGAUUCAGAUGCAUGGGAAAUCAUCCAUAUACCUGAAAAGCCUGCAUUGUCACCUGACCAUCAGCCCACUGUGAAGGUAUAUGCUAGUGUAAUCAAACCCAAAUUUGCCAAUACGAUAGUCAGGCAGUUAUGUAAGAUUGCUCCUCUAGAAGAUCUUCGUCAUGUUAAAAGGGUGAAGAAGAAGAUUCUUCCAGAUCGCGGUGAAACUCAGUUGACUGUGAUCUUAUGUCUAGCACCUGAGCAUAACGAUCCUUUGAAUGAUUUGCCACCUGAUGUACAGCAACUCGUUGAUCCCUAUGAGUUGAGUCCUUUUAUUACACAAGUAUGCAAAUAUGCUGCGGUAUCGAAAGAAGAGUGGGAAGAACAGAGUAAGAUAUGGCCAACUUCUUUUCAUCCCCCAACCUACAAUAUAGAUGGCAUUGGUGGGUUCAGCGAGGAGGACACACAAUCAAUCUGCAAGUUCAUGAGAGUUGUUAUUGAUAUGGCAGUAUCUGGUCAUAAACCACUUGUAAAUGCUGCAGUGAUAGUUGAUCCUUCAGUUAGGCGAAUAAUAGCUAGUGAAACUGAUCAAGUAUAUGCACUAUCUGCUCCUCGCGACAAUACUAGCGCAGGGACCAGGCCCUUCAAGGAAACAGGGGAAAUAUGCUUAAAUGGCAUACUUGAAAAACAGAAUGGUUCAUUGUAUGCUGUUGCUUGUCUAAAUCCCUGGCAAUGGAGUUUGCAGCCGCAUGACACUGAAAAUUGUAGCCAAUGGCAUCCUCUUAGGCAUGCUUCCAUGGUUGCCAUUGAAUCUUCUUCGGCCAGAGAUAGACAUCUGUUUCCCAAUUCAUCCGAGAGUUUUCGUCCGGAUCAUGUUCAGCCCUCAAAUACAGAUUCUCUGGCUAAAAAGCAGAAAACAAGCAGUCAGAGUCCAGACGUCCAAAUUGACAGUGGAGAAGAGACUCUUAGAGAUACUUCAAUGGAAAGGCCGUACCUCUGCACUGGUUAUGAUAUUUUCCUCCUGUUGGAGCCUUGUACAAUGUGUGCUAUGGCGCUUGUGCAUCAAAGAAUAAAACGAAUUUUCUAUGCUUUUCCAAACCCCACGACAGGUGGUCUCGGGAGUGUUCAUAGACUUCAAGGGGAAAAGAGUUUGAACCAUCAUUAUGCAGUGUUUAGAGUUUUGCUGCCUGAUGACGCACUUAGACAAAUGACCACGGUCUAAUGCAUUGUUGUACUCGAUUGAUAAUUGUAUUACAGGUUCUGGGUGAGAAAGCUGAUUCUUUGUUCUUGUUCUUUCAAGAAUCUGGAAUCUUAUUGAGUAAUUAUGUAGACCAAAAGAUUUCGACUUCUAUUACCGUGUAUCAAGGGCUCAGUACUCUGUAGUCAGAAACUUGUGUUUUAGUGAAACAACAUAAAGAAAAUAGACAAUUCUUG